UGAAGGGGGGCUGGGUGUGCCUGUGUUCCACUGCAUCCAUAAAACCCCUCCGUUUGCAGCGAACACGGCAUUGAACUUGAAAAAAAAAAAAGUCCAGAGGAAAGAUGAGUCUUUCUGCUAAGGACAAGGAGAUAGUCAAGGCCUUUUGGGCUAAAGUGUCGGGAAGGGCGGAUAACAUUGGCGGUGACGCUGUUGCCAGGAUGCUGACAGUGUACCCUCAGACCAAGACUUACUUCUCCCACUGGAAGGACCUGAGCCCCAGCUCUGCCCCAGUGAGGAAACACGGAGGAAUGGUGGCAGCUACAAUAACCGAUGCUGUGAACAAAAUCGACGACCUGGCAGGGAGUCUUCUUACCCUCAGUGAGCUGCAUGCUUUCACUCUGCGAGUGGACCCUGCAAACUUCAAGAUUCUUGCUCAGAACAUCCUGGUGGUUCUGGCCACUAUGUUCCCCGUCGACUUCACCCCUGAGGUCCAUAUGGCUUUAGACAAGUUCCUGGCUGCCUUGGCUCGUGCCCUGUCUGUGAAAUACCGAUAA